AUGCCUUCUCCCUCCGGAACCAAUAAACCCUAUUACGGUUGGGAAACCUUGCUCCUCCUCCAGUUGAAAGGGGGCGGUUACUCCUGGACGGAAAUAUUUACCCACUACAACCGGGCGGUUAGCUCUGAACGUCAGCGAUCUAUUCCUGGUCUAAAAGGCAAAUUGAAUCUUAUCCGUGCGGAGUACAAUUCAAGUGAGGCGAAUACAUCGUCAACCGAUCCUAGGGGAGAUGGAUCCAGAGGGUCUGAGACGAGAAGAUCCGACGCUUGGGACGCCCUUCCCGUGACGUGUUCAGACCCGCAAGGGGACUGUGACUGUUCUCUAUGCCAGCAAGUUCGUGCAUGGCAAUUCGGUGUUUUGCAGGAAGACAUUGACCAGGAUAUGGCACAAUACUGUAAACUGGUGAUGGAUGCCGCUGCUGGUGUGCCUGGAGCUCUUGAGGAAGCCACGCAGAUUAAACACCAGCUCGAACCAUUCAUUGGAAACGAUUCUGAGCCCUAUUCCCACAAGCAAGUGGAGGGAUCUAAAUAG